CCAGCGUGCUGAGCCAGUCAGUAAGAUGCUGAGCGCUCCCCGGCACGAACCUGUCGAGGCACGUGGCUCGUCCGCACAGCAGUGAGUGAGUGAGAGUAAUCAUGGACAGAGGAACGACGCUGUUGCUGCUUUUUGCGGCAGGUGUGACUCUGGUGUGUGGUGAGGAGCAGUGUCCAUUUUCCUGUUACUGCGACGAGAUCUCGCGCUACAUCCACUGCGAGGGCGAUCUCACCAAGGUGACCAAGAUUCCGCAGAAGGUGCCGCGCUACGUGGAGCGGCUCGAACUGCGCGAAUUCCGACUCGGCGUGCUCAGGUGGGAGACGACCCGCGGCGCCUUCCCCAACAAGUUGAUCGAGCUGUCCAUCCGGCACAGCGACAUCACCGAGCUCAUCAAUGGCUCCUUGGUGAUGCUCAACCACCUGAGCACGUUGGACAUCAGCCACAACGGCAUACAGGUCGUCCACCCUGGCACCCUGGACAACCUGUUGCUGCUGAGGCACCUGGACCUCGGAUGGAACAAACUCAAAGAGGUGAAGAGCAUUUUCGUCGGUUUGAACAACCUGGAGACUUUAAACCUGAGCAACAACAAACUCGAGGCGCUGUCGUUCAAGACGUUCAGCGGCCUGCAGAGGUUGCAGUGGCUCGACCUGUCCGAAAACAAGAUCACCAGCGUCGAGCCGGGCACCUUCCUGCCGAUGCCGGGCUUGGAGAGGUUGGUACUCUCUUUGAAUCCGUUGAAAAGCCUGCAGAGGUUCGAAUUUUUGGGCUCCCGGCUGCGCUACAUGGACGUGAGUAACUUGAAACUAAAGCGGGUGCCACAGUCGCUGGGGCCGAGCGUCCGCGAAUUGCGGGCCAUCGCCAACGAACUUAGCGUGGUGCGUCGCGGCGACUUUGAGAGCUAUCCUAAUUUGAACCUGCUCGACUUGAGCGUCAAUCGGUUGGAAAUAAUCGAGGACGACGCGCUCGGCCGGCUCGAGUCGCUUCUUAAACUGUGGCUAUCCGACAACAAAUUAAGCAAAAUCCCCAAGUCGCUGCCGAGGUCGUUGAACAUCCUUGUGCUGGACCGCAACCAAAUCUCGGCACUUAGCAAGGACGACCUUGCCGGCCUGCCCAAACUCAAGCAACUGUCGCUGCGGGGAAACAAGAUCAGCAAGGUGGAGGGGAGUGUUUUUGGCGCACUUCCCGGUUUGCGGCAACUCGACCUGGCUCAGAACUCGCUGAGGACGGCCACCCUGGGCCCCAACGGAUUGGAGGAAGUCGACCUUUCGGACAACAACGAGCUUGUCGUCACUGCAGAGUCGAUGGAGCACUCUCCGCACCUGCAAACACUCACCUUGGGAAACUUUUCGACUAAGUCUUUCGAUCUCAAGGCCGCCAUCGGACCGCUUUCCGAGCUGAGCACCCUGAACCUGGCAGGAAGUGCGGAUUUCGCAGCACAAUUGUUCCAAUUCCAAUUAUGGUUCGGCAUUAAAGAGGUAAACGUUCAAAAUUGUUCGCUGAGAAAUGUGCCCGAGAACAUUUGGGCACAGAAGGGCAAACUCCGCGUCCUGCACCUUUCCCUGAACCCUUGGAACUGCUCUCGCGGCUUUUCCGCCGCACUCGCGAAACGAGACGGCCGGCUGCGCAUAAUUGAUUCGCAGAAUAUGCUUUGCGACAAUGGGACGUCGGUAUUUGCGAAUGCGAGCAGCGACGUGACGGCCGAGCCGUCGCUGCCGCCCACGCGGACGCAGAUUUUGGCGCCCACUUCGAUCGAGCCGAACGCGACGAGCAAGCCCCAAAGCACCUUGCCGCUGAGCUACGAAAAAAUCAAACUACCCACGGCAAAGAUCACGACGCAGCUGGGGGCGAAAGCGGCCGAUCUGCAGACCACACCUGUGGUGGCCGUUAAAUCAACUUCGGAGCCCGCGAGCACUAAAACGCCUGUAAUCGUCCGCAGACCGCAAUCGACGCUGCUGAAAAUCGCAAAGCUGACCGAGAAAAUGCUCAAAGGCGAGAACAGGGUGCUGGAAAAAUCGCGAGCGUACAGAAUCGGCCACAAAUACACCACCCCGAAAUCGAUGACGACGGAAGGGCCGACCUCCACGGAAACAACCAAAGCGAAAAUCGCCAUUCCGAACGAGUUCCAGACGACCGAGACGGCCACGGCCGAAAUCAACCACGAGGCCGUGACCCUGAAUUACACCACGACCGAAACAGAAGAACCCGAACCGGCGACCACCGAGGCGCCUGCACCGCUGACCACCACCGCCAAAGACGAAGAGUCCUUCGAGAGCGGCAUGAUCAUCGUGGGCGGCGAGGAGUUUUACGACGAGCCGCUGAAUCGCAACUACUCGGAGGCGCAGGCGGCCAAGUUCGGUUUGCCCGCGGGGGCGGCGAGCAACGUGCCCGUGGGACUGAUCAUGUGUCUCAGCUCGCUGACGGUGAGCAUGCUGCUGAUUCUGUUUGUGUACCACUGCAGACUGAAAUACAAGUGGGCCGUGAUCAACAGGCCGGAAGACGAGCCGAUGGACCUGCGGGUGCUCAACUCGUACAGAGACAAUGCGGCCGCGGACAACUACAGGUCCGAGUACGGCCCCCUCGAUGUGCGCUACUAAACAGAGCGCGAGCAAUUCCCUUUUGUGGGCUGCAAUUGUGAUCCGCGAGUGUUGACUGUUAGUUGUUGGCUGGCUGGUUUCGAAUAUUCGCGAGUGCCAAAUUUUCGUGAUUACCUGUGCUGUAGUUGUUAAAAAGGUUCAGUCUUUUUCUUUUAAUUUUAAUUAUUUCUCGUCAAUGUUACUUGCUUCCCAUUCUGCGCGAGAAAGUCGAGUGAGCGAAUUUGUAACAAAAACCGCUUUGAUAUUUUGAUUGACAACUUUUACGAUAAUAAUCUUCCAGUUUUAAUAUACACACACACACACACACACACACACAAUACAUAAUUCGUAGAUUGAGAUAAAUACUGAACCAUAUUCUUCUAAAAUGCAAGUGAAAUUAAGCGCGUGUGGUGAAUUCUGCAUUCUGCCCUUUCGUCUGUGCAUCAUUUCCAACCUCUCAUAGCCAAUAAAGUUGUAGACUGACAGUGUUUUAAAAGACAUGCGGUUUGUGUUAAAAUAUCUGUUCAAAAUCUUAGUGAAUUAAUUUGCUGAUAAACAUGUAAACGGAGAAAUGCAAAAUAUAAGCUUAUAUUUGUGUUCUCUUUCAAA